UUGUAUCUCAUUAAACUUUUAAGAUCAAGGUUUUUCUGUUAUACUACAUGUACAUGUACAGUGUAGUUGAGUUCUAAAAAACUUCCAGAUAUGAAAUAUUUUGCCUAAUUUAUGAACAACAAAUUUACAGGUGGCGGCCCCCCUCCAAGGCCUUUGAGUGCCUUUGCAGAAACGGUAUCGAAUGUUGUAGGUCAACAUAAUGCCUGUUUAAGUGGCAUUGAUGGCGGUAUUGACUCUUCCAUGCUACAGAUGCUGGGCGAUAGUGAACAAUUUGGACUGGGAAUACAUGUCAUUGAAGGACCACCAGACAUAGAGCCACACAUCAUUUCCACAGGCACUACACAAGACACUGCAGCCACAAUAACUUCCCCGCCCCCUGCUAGAACAGCAGCGUCCCAGCAAACGCCAGCUACUCAUGCUGAAUACAGCAGUAGCACUAGUCUGAAAAGAAGAAUUGAAGAACUAACUGUAAACAAACUUGAACUUGAAGUUGAUUACUUGCAAUUGAAAAUAAGAAAGUUAAAGGGAGAGGAAUAAAUUGAAUCAUUCACUGUCCAUCUGUCAUCCAUAAAAAAAAUUGUUCAUUAAUAGGAAUGAUAUUUUUUGACAAGUAUACCUGGUAACAUAGUAAUCCUUUAUGAAUAAAAUUAUAAUUGCCAUUAUAAACACAUAAUUCAGAUAAGUAAUGUUUGUAACCUACAUCUAAAAUGAGACUAUCAUAUCAAAUUAUACAAGAUGUUCAGAAAUAUUACCAGUACAAAUUUAAGGAUAAUAGUUCUGUAUAUUAAGUUGAAGUGAAUUAUGUAAUAUAGAUAUAUUAUGUGUCAUUUAUUUAACAACAUUAUGAGAAUGCAUGUACAUAAGACAGAAAGAUGCAUAUACACUGUACAUGUUUAUAUUAAAUUAAUGUAUUUUGAGCUAGUAUUAUAUAAAUUCAUAGAAGAUUUAUUUCAAUUUUGUUUUAA